AUGGGAUCGCCAUUAGGCAAACACCCGAACUUAAUAGACUCAACUCAACCAGUGGUUCCUGCACACGAACCUGCCUUGGCAUAUGUACAUGAACAUUCACAGGAACCUGUUCAUGAACCUGCACAGGAACCUGUAUAUGAACCUGCACAGGAGCCUCUAGACAAACCCGCACAUGAACCUGUACACGAACCUUCACAGGAAGCUCUGCAUGAACCUUCACAGGAACCUGUACAUGAACCUUCGCAAGAAACUCUUCAUGAAUCUGCACAGAAACCUGCAGACGAAUCUUCACAUGAACCUGUACAUGAACCUGCACAUGAACCUGUACAUGGACCUACGCAGGAAAUUCCUUAUGAACCUGCACAGGAACCAGUAGACGAACCUGCACAUGAAUCUGUAUACGAACCUUCACAGGAACCUGUACAUGAUCCUUUACAGGAACCUGUGCAUGAACCUUCACAAAAACCUGUUCAUGAACCUGCACAGAAACCUGUGGACGAAUGUGAACAUGAACCUAUACACGAAUCUUCACAGGAACCUGAACAUGAACCUGCACAUGAAUCUGUACACAAACCUUCACAGGAACCUUGA